AUGGCGCUGGUCAACACAUUCACCCUCUUCGCCCGGCUUGCUGUCGAGCUUCGCCUGAUGGUUUGGGAUUACUACGCUCUGCCUAAGGGCGCCGUGACGCACGUCUUCUCGCCUCCGGACGAAGACGAAACCAGCAAGGCGGGCCUCGUCUCCUAA